GCCGCUAGAUUCGUCGUUAGAUGAACGCACGGAUAUCCACGCCACACUAGAGAACGUAUGCUGGCUUUUUCAAACGUCGAUUGGAACAUUCGUAUCCCCCAGAGCUUGAAGUCAACCAUUGCCACAAUGACACACGAACGACUAGCGUUGAGCCAGAGUGGUAGAACUUGUCGUUGGCUGAAUGUUUUUCGGAUGUAGGAAAACGACCAAAUAGGUUUAUAAAAUAUCAUGAAAUCCUGCGUGUACCAACUGGUGUGUGCUGUCUGUGUGCUGAUGUCUGGUCUGACACAGACAUCGGCAGACUUUAGUACAGAGCGGCGGAGAGUGUCUGAAGCUUGCAGCAAAUCUCUAGACGCGUGUAUUACGCUCUCAAACAAUCCAGCCCCUUUUAAUGACGCUGGUUGGUGUACUCUAGCGUCGUCGACAAUCAAUGGUGUCAGCGCCUACCAGUGUGUUGUAAAGAUCGGACUUUGUACAGACGAGGAGUUUGUGGCUCUCAAAAAUGGAGCUUGUGGUCAGACGGCUACAGUCCAGACAUGGUCCAGUGCUUUUAAAACAUCUGUGAAUAAUGUGGUAAAAUCAACGAGCAGCACUUGUCAACGUCAAAUAGUUGAUUGUAUUUUUAAGUCUAAUGUGGCCACAGUUUUAAAACAACAGGAGCAGUACUGUAAACUGAUGAACCUGGUUGUCACGGGUAAAACCACAAGGGAAUGUUUGACUCCCGACUGCACGUCGAAUGAAAUUUUAAAUCUGAAUACGAUUGCCUGCUCGACAAGCCAAUCCCAACCAUUUUCUGACGCCAUCGUGGCAACCUCUCAGAUGUGCCAAGACCAAUUGGAUUCAUGCACUCACAACUUCUUCGUGGCGUCCGCUUUCAUCCAAGGGGAGAAGUACUGUGACGCUCUAAGCCUAGCAGUGGUUCUGGAUUGUAUGAAUAAAGAAGGUUGCACGGAGAAGGAAUUUUCUAAGCUAAAAGCGACCUGCAGUGGUUCUCAUGGUGUGGCUUCUGUUAUCAUGCUUGUGCUAACGGCACUGCUCAAACUUUUCUAGAUCUUGUUAAUAUUUUUUGCACUAUUAGUUUUAAUAUGAUAAAUAGCGCCAUCAGAACCCGUGUCUAGAGCCAAGGAUAUCAUACUUAUUUAGUUAAAAUGGUAUCGAGAUGAAUUACUGUGUGAAAUCAUUUGCUUUUUUCCUUAGAUUUUUCCUAAAAAACUAAAACUGCACAUCUUUUAAUACAAUUUUUUUAAAAAAAAAGAACAUUGAGGAUGAAACGCAACCACCCAGUUUGCGAUACGUACAAAUUUAUAAUGCUAUCUGCAUCUGAUCUGAACGGGGUUUGAAACAAAUUAAUAGCACUAAAAAUUUGGGAUAGUAUGUACGCAAAGUUAAUAGUUCUAAUGUAAAAGUUAAUAAACGUUUCCAAGUCGGACAUUACGUAGCAACGUUAAUUAGCGCGUGUAAUUUGAUGAUGUUACUUUUGCCAGAAACUAGCGCCAGGGUUGUCUGCUAUCUUACAAUAAUAUUAUGAGUAUUCAUUCUUUUAUCAUGUCAGUAAUUUUAGUGAUUUGUAAUUUUCGACCAUUCUUUAUUGUAGUGAUUUGUAAUAUACGACCAUUCUUUAUUGUAGUGACGUGUUAUAUUUGUUUAUGCUGUGUAGCAUUCUAUAGGUCAACUAUCUAAUACAUGCAAUAAUUAUUCGUAACAUGGUGGUACAUCGUAAAGCUGAUUGCUAAAAAAAAAAGGAUUCCGUACUUUUUAAAAAUAUGUGCUAUCUAUUUUCAUUAUAACAUGUUCAUUCUUAUUUUUUGUUUGUAACCAAGCAAAUAAUAUUUCACUUUCGUGUGA